UUGCAAGGGACAGUCAAAGAACAGGAGUGUUUUGAGGCAACUUUUUACAAAAUACAGAAACAAUUUAAAUUGUGACUACUUAUGGUAUGACUAAAGCUAAAUAAAGAACACAUAGGAGACAUGAGAAGAUGAAGUAUUUUGAUUGUCCCCUAGCAGCUAGUUCACUUGUCUCAUUUUUACUGUACGCUUCUAAUCAGGUAUGAAAUUAAAUGUACACUAUUUUACAUUGUUGGCUACUAUGGUAGGAUGUUGCUCUUAUUCAGCACUAAAUGAGCAGGUGCUUGCAGUGUGCAACUUGCUAUUGAAUCUCAUUGUUUUUGUGGUAUAGCAACAACUUAGCAAUCUACUGCUAUGAAGAUUUUGUUAAUUAAGCUCUUACUGUUAUGUAUCAUCUAGAAUGGGACUUUGAAGAUUAUUGACAGGAAGAAAUAUAUUUUUAAGCUGUCAUCGGGACAAUUUGUCAGUCCUGAGAAAGUGGAGCGGGUGUAUAUGUCGUGUAACGUAAUUUAUCAGGUCUUUGUUUAUGGAAACAGGCAGAAGGCAUUUGUUGUUGGAAUUGUUGUACCUGAAUUAAAUGAAUUUGUGAGAUGGGCUACAGCAAAUCAUUGGGAUGGAGAUGCCAACGAAUUGUGUUCCAAAAAGGAAGUGCGGCUGGCUCUACUUGAUCUUCUCACUACCAAGGGCAAGGAAGCAAGCUUGAAGGGAUUUGAAAUGGUGAAGGCGGUCUGUAUCUGCCCUGAACCGUUUUCUGUUGAAAAUGGCUUGCUGACUCCAACAUUAAAGAAAAAGCGCAGAGAUAUAGAGAGACGAUUUCGUGAUGACAUUGAUCGUAUGUACAUGUACAAGGAGACAGCGGGACUUCAGAAUUAGGGUAACGUGACAGCUUUACCAAAUCGUUUAUUUGAACAAUAUGUGGCUCUUAGCUUGCACGAACUGGUAGUGCAAUCAGACGUAGACAAAUCACAUUUUUCUCAUAUUUGUGCUGGAACCGCACGUGCAAGUGUAUAGGAGUAUCCAGUUGCGGCAGUAAUUCGUCUGUAGAGAAAAUAAUUGAUUGUUGGAGACAACAAGGAAGUCA